ACCCCCUCUCAUGCACUACUCACUGCGAAACUAAAGCCUAGUUUUUAUUAGCAAACUCUUCGUGUAGGGAGGAGAGGCAUUUAAUAAUGUCGACCAACUAUGGUUACCUCUACAAUAUUGAGGGAUGGGGCGACCCUUACUUCGCCGUUAACUCUAGCGGAAACAUCUCCGUUAAGACUAACGGCGUUGAGACCACCUCUGAGCAGGAGAUUGAUCUCCUCGCAGCGGUGAAGGCCGCGACUGCGAAGAAUCUCCAGUUCCCGCUCAUCCUCCGCUUCCCGGACGUGCUAAAGCACCGUUUGGACUCGCUCUAUACUGCGUUCAUUAAUGCCAUUCAGUAUACGGGCUACAACUCCCACUAUCAGGGGGUGUUUCCCGUGAAGGUGAAUCAGAACAAGGACGUAGUGGACAACCUGGUCAAUUUUGGGAAGGGCCACGUGGUCAAAUUUGGGGAAGACCACUACUACAACUUCGGACUCGAGGCCGGGUCGAAACCGGAGCUCCUCCUCGCCAUGCACAGCCUUAUCAACGGAAGCCCGGAGGCGUACCUGGUGUGCAACGGCUACAAGGACAUGGACUACAUCUCCCUCGCCCUCGUGGCGCGCACCAUCAAACUCAACACAAUCAUCGUGCUCGAGUUGGAGGAUGAGGUCGACACGGUGGUGGCGGCGAGCAAGAAGCUCAAUAUCCGCCCCGUGCUCGGCAUCCGUGCGAGGCUGCUCACCACCAACCCGGGCCACUUCGGGUCCACCUCGGGCAAGCACGGCAAGUUCGGGCUUUUGGAGGCCCAAAUCUAUGCCGUUGCAAAGAAGCUAGAACAACUCGGCAUGCUCGAUUGCCUCAAACUACUUCACUUCCACAUCGGGUCGCAAAUCCCCACCACAUCCAUUCUCAGCAGUGCAGUGCGCGAGGCUUCCGGGUACUACUGCAACCUGGUGAAGAUGGGGGCACCGAUGGGCACCCUCGACAUCGGCGGGGGGCUCGGGAUCGACUAUGAUGGGACGCGGUCGGGGUCCUCAGACAUGUCGGUGGCGUACGGCUUUGAAGAAUAUGCGUCGGCGGUGGUGCAGGCUGCGAAGCUCGUGUGCAACCAGAAUGGUGUGCAGCAUCCGGUGCUGUGCAGCGAGAGUGGCCGCGCCCUCGCGUCCCACCACUCCAUCCUGAUAUACGAUGCACUGUCGGUCGUGGAGGAUCCCAGCGACUCGGUCUCAUCCGACGAAUUAAUCAGCCGCCUGGACGAGCUCGUCGGAAACCCGACGAAGCUUCACGCCAACCUCAAAUCCGCCGUCCGAUCAAGGGACAGCAACAACAACACUUCCAGAGCACACGCAGACCAGCUCAAGAAGCACGGGGUCGAGAUCUUCAAGCUCAGCAGGCGUCUGGCGAAGCAGCUGGAGGCAGCCGGGGAGACGACCUACUCGUACCACGCGAACCUGUCGGUCUUCUCGCUCACGCCGGACUUCUGGGGUAUCAAGCAGCUUUUCCCGAUCCUGCCGAUACACCGGCUGAAUGAGCAGCCGACGCAGAAGGGCACGCUCAUCGACCUCACAUGCGACAGCGACGGCAAGAUCGACCAGUUCAUUGGCGAGGCCCUGACUCUCCCCCUCCAUGCCUUGGAACAAAGUGGCGGCGGGUACUAUAUCGGGACCUUCCUGGCGGGAGCGUACCAGGAGCCACUGGGAUGCAAGCACAAUCUGUUCGGUGGGCCGACUUUGGUUCGGGUGGAUAGCACGGCCGGGAGCUCCGGAGGAUUUACCGUGGAGCUAUUGGCGACCGGGCCCUCGGCAGCGGAUCAAUUGAAAGCGAUGCAUCACGACCCCGAUGAGAUAAUGAAUGAUAUCGCCAAGCAGGGCGCAGAGGCCGACGACUGGACGGAGAACAUCGUGAAAAAGGUGCUCGGCGACAUGCCUUACCUCUUUGGUGCGGCGUAGGCCGACGUUAUGCAUGCGCUCGAUAUGUAUAGUACUUGUCGCGUACGUGGCAUUUAGUACGUUAAAUAAUGUGGCCUUACUAUGUUAGCCCCGACAUCGUAUGCGCAUGCGAGAGGUUCGCGUGUGGUUGUUAAAUAAAGCCUGAAAAAUAUAUAUGCUCAGGCGAGAGGUUCGUGUGUGGUUGUUAUGUAGGCUUGAUGCCUAUGAUAAUGAGAAUAAUUCUCUUCUAUAAAUUUGGUUUGGCGAUUUAUUUGGUA